AUGGAAAUGUUUACUACUAAAUGUAAGAGCAACUACAAUCCAAGUGCAUAUCUUACUGUUAAUGAGCAAUUAGUUACAUUUAGGGGACGUUGUCCGUUUAAGAUGUUUAUACCUACUAAGCCAGGAAAGUAUGGAAUGAAGAUAUGGAUAUUAUGUGAUGCUGAAACUUCUUACUGCAUAAAUUUGCAACCGUAUAUUGGUAGAGUAAAUGGAGUACGUGAUGUUGGACAAGGUACACGAGUAGUUCUUGAACUAACUGAUCACUUAAAUGGAAGUGGUAGACACAUAACAGCUGAUAAUUUUUUUACAAACAUUCAUCUUCCACGUGCAUUGCUAGGACGUAAAAUGACAUACACUGGCACCAUUAAAAAAAAAUAA